UUAAAGUACUAAUACAUAGUAGAAGUGCUCAUAAUUAAUUUUCAACUUGCCUAUCUUGCAAGUACUAAUACACGUCCUGUGUUUUAUUUGGAACAACUUGCCUAUCUUGCAAUUACCCUCUUCUCUGUUCUUAUAUGAGAGUGUUCUUUAACUUCUCCUAUGAUGGAAAUUAGAGGACCGCUACCGGCAAUGUGGACUUUAUGUGCGGUUGGGAUUUUGAAUUAAUAUGUCAGAGAGGUUUCAUGAAAUUGGAAUUCUCAUCUCAAAACCUGUCUCUCCUCAAUUGGAGCAAGCCUGGCAAGUACCAUCUUCUGGUCCGACCGAGGUGCGGAUGUCAUGGAAGGGCCGGCAAUUCAUCGGGAAGAAAACGUCGAGAGGAAGAUGGGAGGCGGCCGGAACUUGACCAGCCGUCAGGAAUAUCGUCGGCCGACCAGUAUUCAGGUCAUCAUAGGAAGCUGGGGGACAGAGUUCCACGACUUGAGAUUAUGGGAAAAUCAACGGUUGGACGGGCGAUUAGCAACCUGCCACCCGCCACCCACACAGAGAAAUCCAACUCCGGCCACUUCUUUGCCUACCCACCACCGUCUAUGAUUCCAAUGAUAUGCUCGGCAAGGGAAACCACUUGUGUAGCCGCUAGUCAAUUUACGUCGGUAGACCAAGGGAGAUUGAAGAGAAGAAUCGGGCGGAAAAAGUCGGCGGGCCAUAGGAGGCUUAUGCUACACCCGUGCAUAGCCUACUGGACCCCUUAAGCAAGAUAGACACUUUAUAUGUUCUAAUAAUUAACACCUACUUCAAAUUAAGAUGCUAUUAUAUGGGAUUUUUCCAGAAAUAGCACCUUUAAAGAAAAUUACAAAAAUAGCACGCACUCAAAAAUAUUUACAAAAAUAGCACCCUUUUUUAUGGACCACAUGCACCUCCAAGGUGCGUUUUAUAUGUAAACCGCAGUUGGAGGGUGAGGUUUAUUAUCCUGGGCCAAAACCACAUCUUGGCCAUGCGGUUUCAGGUCUGACCUACAUAAAUCGCAUGGCCUAGG